UGGUUCAGAAAGAACGAGUUAACAACAACGAUGGUCAUUCCCAAUUGAGAUUCGAGUUUUAUCAUACAUAGAUAGAUCCGAUGGCCCAUUUCUGAGGACCGACGACAUCACAAAAGUCUAGCCAAAAAAGAUUAAUUUUGCCGAUUCGUCUUCUUCAUACCUACUCUUCUUCUUUCCCCGAACGAACGUUACGUUUUUUUAUUUCUUUAUUUCCUUGGCAGCGACCAUUCAAACCCUAGAUCCGCCUUAUUUGACAAACUUGAAUGCCAAUUCAUUGCUCCUCUCUUAAAUAACACAACUUUCCUGGCCUGACUGAGCUUGAUGAUUGAAUGGCUAACCCUAACAAGCAACAACAUAUUGCAAUUUUCACUACUGCAAGUCUUCCAUGGAUGACUGGAACUGCAGUCAACCCUUUGUUUCGUGCUGUUUAUCUUGCUAAAAAUGGAGACAGAAAAGUCACCUUGGUGAUCCCAUGGCUAACACUACAAGAUCAAGCACAUGUUUAUCCUGGUAAUAUCACAUUUAACUCACAUUUGGAGCAAGAGAAUUACGUCCGUAACUGGCUGGAGCAAAGAACCGGCUUCACAUCUACUUUUCAUAUAUGUUUUUAUCCCGGGAAGUUUUCUUUAGAAAAAAGGAGUAUCCUUGCUGCGGGUGAUAUCACAGAUAUUAUCCCUGAUGAAGAGGCAGAUAUUGCUGUUCUUGAGGAACCCGAGCACCUUACAUGGUACCAUCAUGGGAAGAGAUGGAAAACAAAGUUCCGUUUGGUUGUAGGGGUUGUCCACACUAAUUAUAUUGAAUAUGUUAGAAGAGAGAAGAAUAUGCUGCAGGCUUUGGUGGUGAAAUACAUCAAUACCUGGGUUGUGAAUAUUUAUUGCCACAGAGUUAUACGGUUAUCGGCUGCUACUCAGGAACUUCCAAGAUCCAUUAUAUGCAAUGUCCAUGGAGUAAAUCCAAAGUUUCUUGAGAUUGGAAAGAAAAAACAAGAUGAAAAACAACAAGAUGGGGACAAGGUCUUCACCAAAGGUGCUUACUAUAUUGGUAAGAUGAUAUGGAGCAAAGGCUACAAGGAACUUCUUAAACUCUUAGCAAUCCAUCAGAAGGACUUAACUGGGCUGGAAGUUGAUUUAUAUGGAAGUGGAGAGGAUUCAUAUGCAGUUCAGGAAGCUGCCAAGAAGUUGGAAAUAACUGUUAAGGUUCAUCCUGGCAGAGACCAUGCCGAUCUCUUGUUUCACGACUAUAAAGUAUUCGUGAACCCCAGCACGACAGACGUUGUAUGCACAACAACAGCCGAAGCACUAGCAAUGGGGAAAAUAGUGGUUUGUGCGAAUCACCCAUCAAACGAUUUCUUCAAGCAAUUCCCAAACUGCUUCAUGUACGACAACAGCAAAGGAUUUGUUGAAGCUAUACGGAAAGCACUCAGGGAAGAGCCGACGCCAUUAUCUGAUGAUCAUAGACAUGAGCUGUCAUGGGAAGCAGCUACAGAAAGGUUUCUAAAGGCUGCAGAGCUUUCAGACGAGCAGAAGCAGCAACCCCAAAUUCCAACAACCCAAACAUCAAAGAAAUUUGGGAAGUCAACUUCGAAGACAUUCUUGUCAACGUCUAUGAGCUUUCAAAAGAAGAUGGAGGAUGCUUCUGCUUAUUUACACCAUGUUGGGACAGGGUUUGUGAAGUUGGAACCGGAUCAAGAACAGCGCAAGGAACUUGGUUUGGCGGCGGGUGCUUCUUCUGCUGCCAAAAGGGGUGGAUCUCCAACCUGAUGAUUACAAUGAUUGAUUGUUGUUAAGCUUAUCUUUAAAUAUAAAUUUUUAUCCUCUCAACAAAGCUCUCUUUUACACAAGGAUCUAUAGUUUGGUUCUUGGUUGGGAGUUCGAAGUAGACAAAAAAAGGAGACAUAUUUUAAACCUUAAUAACAGAUGGGGUGUGGGUGGCAGUUAUGGUUUUUACAAUUGACAUACUUUUAUGCAGAUGUUUGUUGCCAUCAGAUCCGGUUCUUUUCUAUAAUAA